AUGGCCACCACCAACAGCCAGAGCCACUACAGCUACGCCGACAACAUGAACAUGUACAACAUGUACCACCCCCACAGCCUGCCGCCCACCUACUACGACAACUCGGCGGCCGGCAGCAGCAGCAGCUACUACCACCACCAGGCCAACUCCGCCGCCAGCUACCAGAGCUACCAGGGCUACUACUCCCAGGAGAGCUACUCCGACAGCUGCUACUACUACCAGAAUAGCCAGGAGCAGCCAGCCGCCCAGACGCUGCAGCCCCCCACCCCGCCGCCCAAGGCCACCAAGCGCAAGGCCGAGGAGGAUGCCGCCUCCAUCAUUGCCGCCGUCGAGGAGCGACCCAGCACACUGCGCGCCCUGCUCACGAAUCCCGUCAAGAAGCUGAAGUACACGCCCGACUACUUCUACACCACCAUCGAGCAGGUGAAGAAGCCAUCGCCCGCUCCCGCCAAGGCUGCCGCCAGUCCCGCCCCCUCCUACGAGCAGGAGUACGUGGCAGUGCCCACGCCCAGCGCCUCCGAGGACGUCGAUUACUUGGACGUCUACUCGCCGCAGUCGCAGAGCCAGAAGCUCAAGAAUGGCGACUUUGCCACCCCGCCACCGACCACGCCCAACUCCCUACCGCCCGUUGAAGGCAUCAGCACACCACCUCAGUCACCGGGGGAGAAGUCCUCGCCAGCCGUCAAUCAGGAGAUCAAUCAUCACAUUGUGACAGCUCCGAACGGAGCGGCCGAUUUCAAUUGGUCGCAUAUCGAGGAGUCCUUGGCAUCAGAUUGCAAAGACUCCAAACGCACCCGCCAGACAUACACCCGCUACCAGACCCUGGAGCUCGAGAAGGAGUUCCACUUCAAUCGCUACAUUACCCGCCGUCGUCGCAUCGAUAUUGCCAAUGCCCUGAGCCUGAGCGAACGACAGAUCAAGAUUUGGUUCCAGAACCGACGCAUGAAGUCCAAGAAGGAUCGCACGCUGGAGAGCUCCCCGGAGCACUGUGGCUACUCCACGCUGCUGCCGCCCCUGGAGGCCCCGACCACCGGCACCACGGGAGCAACAUCGAUGCCCAUGUACCACCAUCACCACCAGACCGCCGUGCCCUCGUAUCCCGCCUAUAACCACAGUCACAGUCACGGACACGGUCACAGUCACAGUCAGAGUCAUGGACACGGCCACAGCUACGGCCUGCUCAAUGAUUAUCCUCAGCAGCAGGCUGCCGCCCAGCAACAAGCAUACGAAGCAUACCCGCAGCAGUAUCAGCAGCAGUGCGGCUACCAGCAGCAUCCGCAGGACCUGUACCAUCAUCUGCCCUAAGGUCCUUGCGGCGGCGCACAGCCGACACGACACGAACACACCGCGAAACCCGAACCGAGCCGCGCUUCUCUCGACCAUUUGUAGGUGACACGCAAAUGGCCCAAAGCCGAGAACGAAGCUGCGGCGCGAUGAGUCGCACAGUAGAGGGUGCACUCCCUACGGUGCCCAGGCAACUUGGGCACCAGGACGAGUGCGCCUGUGCAGACAGAGACGGCGAUAGCUGCUCAGCAAAAAGGAGAGCCAAGGAAGGCUCCUUGCUGCGAGCGGAACCGGAACCCAGUGGCUGGCCAUGAUGGGUUCUCAGCGAUCGAUUAGCUGCGGCCAAACACACAAAUCCAAAACACACAGCUGGGAGGAUGAUAUCGGCCAGAAGACUUGGAGACUGAUAAU